UGUGCUUUAAGUGAAAGUUUACAAAUCAAGUCAGUCUCACAUAAAAAUUUUAUUUAUAUGACCUUACUAUAUACUCCUAGUUGCACCCCCCGCCCUCCUCCAUGGGUCAACACACUCGAUCUCUCCACCGUGUAGUCCCAUGUCCAUUCAGCCAGCUUCUGUCCCCCUCUGCCUUCUCAUCUUCCUUCCAGACAGGAGCUGCCCACAUAGUCUCAUGGGCCUACUUGAGCCAAGAAGCUCAUUCCUCACCAGUAUCAUUUUCUGUCUUAUACUCCAGUCCAAUCCCUGUCUGAACAGUUGUAGAGCCUGAUUUUUGUUUACAGGAAAUUCCCAUCCUAGAGAGAAAAAAGAGAGAAGCAAAUACUUUGCGAUAUAGUGUGAAAAGAGCCACAGAAGAGGAGCAUGUUAAGCCUAUAGGGACACAGAGCCGAAUGAUGAAGGAAGUGUCUAGGGAAGUGGGGACAUCUUUAGUAUGGUGACAUGUGCACUUAGUUUUUUCUUUUAUGGGGCAGGAAAAUAAGAGUAAAGGAGGAGGAGGGAGUCUUUUAUUCUAGCCAUGCUCUAAGCCCCGUGGUGGAAUCUUCUUGGUGACUUAAGUGCUCUUUGACUUACUGACAGAACACGAGGGCCUGCCAACUGCAGGCUGACAGCUAGAUUAACGUGAAGGGACAGGCCCAGUGCCUGGGGUUCCGUCCACCCAGUGGCUGGAUGGGAUGUUGCUCAUAACAAGAUGAGCAUCUGGUGUGCUGGGCUAUGUGCCAGGAGAUGAGACAGCUGCUUGAGACUUGCAGAGCAAGAAGGGCCAGGGGUCGAUGAGGUUGAGCCUUCCGGUAAUCCUUGGGUGGAGGUUGAGGCUUGACACAUGAAGUAGAUCUUUGUUCUGCUGUGAUAGCUUGCUUCAGCAAAGCUUGUGUGCAUCAGAGGUAUGCUCUUUUUCUGGGAGAGUGCAGGAUUUAUUAACUUUUCUUUACCAAUCUAGUGAGCUUUGAGGUAAGAAGGUUACUUGAUGCUUUAAAAGGGCACACAUGGUUCUUGAGUAAAAAGAGCAGGCCCCAGUCCAGUUUUCUGUCUUGGAGGGAACCUCAUUCUGGGAGUUGAUUUAAGAAAUCUCUCUUGUAGUAAGAACAUGGCACACCCUGGGCCCCCUCACCCACCUUUUCCUGGGUAUGGGAAGCGCCAUAUUGGCAGGGCCUACAGAGGUACUAAGGAGCCCUGGUGGUGCAGUGGUGAAGCACUUGGCUCCCAACUGGAAGGUUGGCACUUUGAGUCCAACACCCUCUCUGCAAGAGAGAGAUGUGGCAGUCUGCUUCUGUAAAGAUUACAGACUUGAAAACCCUAUGGGAUAGUUCUACGCUGACCUAUAGGGUUGCCAUGAGUAGGAAUUGACUCUAUGGCACAGGGUGGACAGAGGCAUUUGGGGGUGGAGUGGGGGCAGUGCAGGCUUUGGGUUGGAUGGAACCACCUAGGCCAACUUGAAAUAUCCAACAACCCGCUGUGUUUUAGAAUUAAAUGAAAUAACAUCUCUCAACACUGGGUUGGAGUGUGUGGUAUGCUUUAGACUUGGUCCCCAAACCAGUCUAAGCCAGCAUGUGCUUAGAGGGCUCAGGCACUGCCUCUGUCUUUUUAUUGAAUGAAUGCUGAACAACUGCAUUAGCAUUUUUCAGUUUUAGGAGAGAACAGGGAACUCCAAGAGGGUUUCAGGACUUCACCUCAAACAACAAAUCCCAUUAUUUCAUCUUUUUUUUUUUUAAUUUUUUAAUUUUUUUAAACAUCAGUGGAAGAAAAUACUUAAGGAGGUUCUUGACUAAUCAAAAGGGAGUUAGAGGGGGAAAGACUUGUAGUUUUUGAAAGCUGCCACUGUCAUUUUAUGGGUUUGAUGAGAAGACUUAUAAGUUUACAUCGGCAUUAUCCUGUCCUGAGUUUUAAAGUUACCAUUGGGGCAGGGGUGGUGGGGAGAGCAAGAAGAGAGACAGAGAUGGAGAAUUAAGGCACCCCAUAUCUGACUUGAGUAAUUUGGGAGCAGUACCUUUGUUUGUAGGAGCCCUGGUGGCACAGUGGUUAAGCACUCGGCGGCUAACUGAAAGGUCCGCGGUUUGAAUCCACCACCUGCUCUGUGGCAGAAAGAUGUGGCAGUCUACUUGCGUAAAGAUCACAGCCAUGGAAACUAUGGGACAGUUGUACUCUGUCCUAUAGGGCUGCUAUGAGGUGGAAUCAAUGGCAACGGUUGUUCUUUCGUGUGUGUGUGUGUGUACACUUUGAUGUAUGUGGAAUAACACUGCAUAGAAAUCUUUUUCCUGCUAGAUACGGAUUUGUGUCUUCAGACAUCUUUGGUCCUCAAUUCUGCAGAAACACGUACCAACUUCUGCAGAGGUUAUUGUACGAGGGUCAAAGAAGAAGGAAGGAAAUGGGGAGCACGGGGCCUGCCUCAGAGCCUAAGUGUCCUGUGCAGUCUUCAAGCUUGGCAGAGACGCAUCUGAUUUAAUUGGUGAUUAGUUGUUGCUGAUGACACAUUUUUAGACACUUGUGGGAAUGAGUAUCCACCCCCAUAAUUUGCUGAUGUUUCCUGGUAAGCAUGCAGCCUUCUGCCACAUCUAAUUGUUUAAAGAAAAUGGCUAGAACCUCAUUUGAGGCCGUUUUAUUACUGCUGUGGCCAUUUCCUUUCUCUGUUACCUCGGAGUUCAGAUUGCAGGGAUAUUGCCUCCACCUCCCGUGCAAAUUGUGGUCUAGCAUUCUUUGUGGUUGCCACGGAAACAACUGGGUACCAGCUUCUUUUCUUCCCACUGUAUCACAGCUAUUCCUAGUCUUUUGAAUAUGAAUGUCUCUGUCACGUGUUUUUACCCUCCUUACCUUUCACACCCCCAAAAGACAAAUCUGAACGUCUCACUGGUAGUUUCAGUAGUCUCGGAACCCCCGGAAACGUUUCAUCAGGUCCGCGAUCUUCUUGGGUGAAGUUUAGAGUGAAGACACUGGUUCCAGUCGUCCCCAGUGAAAGGCAGUAGACGCCGUGUUUGUGAAGACCUGGAAUCACCUCGCUUGUGAAGGAGACGGCAGCCAUUAGUGUCCCUUGGGGUUCACACGCCCAGGCUGCAAGCACAAAGGAAGUUUGCUCAAUCUCAGCCGAAUAGUCCCAGCACAACUCCAGUAAAGAUAGUGGAGCCAUUGCUACCCCCUCCAGCUACUCAAAUCUCUGACCUCUCUAAAAGGAAGCCUAAGACAGAAGAUUUUCUUACCUUUCUCUGCCUUCGAGGUUCUCCUGCGCUGCCCAACAGCAUGGUAUAUUUUGGAAGCUCUCAGGAGGAAGAGGACGUUGAGGACGAAGAUGACGAGACGGAAGACAUCAAAGCAGCCGCCAACAAUGCUUCAUCUUCAUGCCAGUCAACCCCCAGGAAGGGAAAAACCCACAAGCAUGUUCACAACGGGCAUGUUUUCAAUGGUUCCACCAGGUCGACACGGGAGAAAGAACCUGUUCAGAAACACAAAAGCAAAGAGGCCACUCCUGGGAAGGAGAAGCACAGUGAUCACCGGGCUGACAGCCGCAGGGAGCCAACCUCCACAACCCACCCCCCAGCAGCCCCCUCCAUGGGCUCCUCCGCCAAGGGGCUCGCUGCUACCCACCACCACUCCCCUCAGCAUCGGUCGGCUCAGGACUUACGGAAACAGGUCUCUAAGGUGAAUGGAGUCACUCGAAUGUCGUCCCUGGGUGCAAGUGCGAGCAGUGCCAAAAAGAUGCGAGAAGUCAGACCUUCACCGUCCAAAACUGUGAAGUACACUGCAACGGUGACUAAGGGGACCGUCACAUACACCAAAGCCAAGAGAGAACUGGUCAAGGAAGCCAAACUCAAUCACCACAAGCCCAGUUCAGCUGUCAACCACACAAUCUCAGGGAAAACUGAAAGUAGCAAUGCAAAAACCCGCAAACAGGUGCUAUCCCUCGGAGGGGUGUCCAAGGCCACGGGACCUGCCGUCAACGGCGUCAAGGUCAGUGGCAGGUUGAACCCAAAGUCAUGCACUAAGGAGGUGGGGGGGCGGCAGCUGAGGGAGGGGCUGCGGAAUUCCAAGAGGAGACUGGAAGAGGCACACCAGGCGGAGAAACCGCAGUCACCCCCUAAGAAAAUGAAAGGGGUGGCUGGGGCUGCCGAGGCCCCAGGCCGGAAGGCAGCUUCUGCGGCCCCCACGGAGAAGCCUCUGCUGAACGGACACGUGAAGAAGGAAGUGCCGGAGAGAAGUUUGGAACGGAACCGGCCCAAGCGGGCCACGGCCGGGAAGAGCACGCCAGGCAAACAAGCACACGGCAAGACGGACAACGCCUCCUGUGAAAAUCGUUCUACCUCGCAGACCGAGUCCUUGCACAAGCCCCACGACGCGGCGUCGGGCAAGCACGAAAAGGGCUGCAGUAAGUCCGGGUGGGCGGCGAUGGACGAGAUCCCUGUGCUCAGGCCCUCCGCCAAGGAGUUCCACGACCCGCUCAUCUACAUCGAGUCGGUGCGCGCUCAGGUGGAGAAGUUCGGGAUGUGCAGGGUGAUCCCGCCCCCGGACUGGCGGCCCGAGUGCAAGCUCAACGACGAGAUGCGGUUCGUGACGCAGAUCCAGCACAUCCACAAGCUGGGCCGACGCUGGGGCCCCAACGUGCAGCGGCUGGCCUGCAUCAAGAAGCACCUCAAAUCUCAGGGCAUCACCAUGGACGAGCUCCCGCUCAUAGGAGGCUGUGAGCUCGACCUGGCCUGCUUUUUCCGGCUGAUUAACGAGAUGGGCGGCAUGCAGCAGGUGACUGACCUCAAAAAAUGGAACAAACUCGCAGACAUGCUGCGUAUCCCCAAGACCGCCCAGGACCGGCUGGCCAAACUCCAGGAGGCCUACUGCCAGUACCUGCUUUCCUAUGACUCGCUGUCGCCUGAGGAGCACCGGCGGCUGGAGAAGGAGGUACUGAUGGAGAAGGAGAGCCUGGAGCGGCGGAAGGGGCCCCUGGAGGGCCACACGGAGCAUGACCACAGCAAGUUCCACUCCCUGCCCCGCUUCGAGCCCAAGAACGGGCUCAUCAACGGCGUGGCCCACAGGAACGGCUUCCGCAGCAAGCUUAAGGAGGUGGGUCAGGCCCAGCUCAAAACGGGCCGACGGCGGCUCUUUGCUCAGGAAAAGGAAGUGGUCAAAGAGGAGGAGGAGGAUAAAGGUGUCCUCAGUGACUUCCACAAGUGUAUAUAUAAGGGAAGGUCUGUGUCUUUAACAACUUUUUAUCGAACAGCAAGAAAUAUCAUGAACAUGUGUUUUAGCAAGGAGCCUGCACCAGCUGAAAUCGAGCAAGAGUAUUGGAGGCUAGUGGAAGAGAAAGACUGCCAUGUGGCUGUCCACUGCGGGAAGGUGGACACUAACACGCAUGGAAGCGGAUUCCCCGUGGGAAAGUCAGAGCCGUUUUCAAGGCAUGGAUGGAACCUCACAGUCCUCCCCAAUAACACAGGAUCCAUCCUGCGUCACCUCGGUGCUGUGCCUGGAGUGACUAUUCCCUGGCUAAAUAUUGGCAUGGUCUUUUCUACCUCAUGCUGGUCUCGAGACCAAAAUCACCUUCCAUAUAUUGACUACUUACACACUGGUGCUGAUUGCAUUUGGUAUUGCAUUCCUGCUUCGGAGGAGAACAAGCUGGAGGACGUGGUGCACACGCUGCUGCAGGCCAACGGCACGCCCGGGCUGGAGAUGCUGGAGAGCAACGUCAUGAUCUCACCGGAGGUGCUGUGUCGUGAAGGCAUCAAGGUGCACCGGACCGUGCAGCAGAGUGGCCAGUUCGUGGUCUGCUUCCCGGGGUCCUUUGUGUCCAAAGUGUGCUGUGGCUACAGCGUCUCUGAGACCGUGCACUUCGCUACCACCCAGUGGACAAGCAUGGGCUUUGAAACUGCCAAGGAAAUGAAGCGCCGCCAUAUAGCGAAGCCAUUCUCCAUGGAGAAGCUUCUCUACCAGAUCGCCCAGGCAGAAGCAAAGAAGGAGAACGGUCCCACUCUCAGCACCAUCUCGGCCCUUCUUGAUGAGCUCAGGGAUACGGAGCUGCGGCAGCGGAGGCAGCUGUUCGAGGCCGGCCUCCACUCCUCCGCCCGCUAUGGCAGCCACGACAGCAGCAGCACGGUGGCGGAUGGGAAGAAAAAGCCUCGAAAAUGGCUGCAGUUGGAGACGUCGGAGAGGCGGUGUCAGAUCUGCCAACACUUAUGCUACCUUUCCAUGGUCGUACAGGAGAAUGAGAACGUCGUGUUCUGCCUGGAGUGUGCACUGCGCCAUGUGGAGAAGCAGAAGUCCUGCCGAGGGCUGAAACUGAUGUACCGCUACGAUGAGGAGCAGAUUGUCAGCCUGGUCAAUCAGAUCUGUGGCAAAGUGUCUGGUAAGAAUGGCAGCAUAGAGAACUGUCUCAGUAAACCCACACCAAAAAGAGGGCCCCGCAAGCGAGCCACCGUGGACGUGCCACCAUCCCGGCUGUCCUCCUCCAGCUCGUCGUGAAGAUGCCAACAGUCUGUCCGUUUAUAUAUAUUUUUUUGUAAUUAUUAUAUUCUAGUUUGGAGUACUUGCUGUAGGAUACAAGCUGUCUUUGCACUAGCUCUAAAGAAGAUUUUCUUCUGGUUUUAGAGAACUAAUUUUGUUUUAGCAUUAAACUGUUGAACUUUUUUUGUACUUAGAAUACCUAGAUACUGCAGUCGGAUUUUGGAAACUGCCGUAUACUCACUGUUUUAAAACCCGUGAGGGGCUAUAUUAAUUUGUAUCACCCCGAUGGCUGACGAAAGCCUUUUUUGUUUUUUGUUUUUUUUUUGUAACUGUUGGGGAAAAAAGGCUUUUUUAACCCAUUUUUGAAGAGGGUGAAGUUUGAAGAACAAAUUAUAAAACCAUCAGUCAUGUGAGCAGAUUUUUCUAGAGAGGAAAAGGGAUAGGAGACAUACACACACACAAAACUUGAAAAGAAAUGGCUUUACUUUGGCUGUCUUUUCUUCUGUCAUGUGCAAGAUGAGUUUGUAGUUUUUAAAACCGGAGAACCCCCAUUUUGUGUCUCUGGGCGGUUAUGGCAGCUGAAGGCGGACGUUUGCUAACCAUGGGCAAAAUGAGGAGACUUGAGUGACUAGGUUCUCUUUACCAGCACAUCACUAUGCAUCUGUUUAAGGAAAAAAGAAGAGAGAGAAGAAAAAGACUGCCUGCCUUGGAGGGGUCACGUGAGGGAAAACUGUGCCUGAUUUCAUUAGGAAAUCCAUUCUGUUAUUUUUUGGUGCUGUUGGCUACUUUAUCAAAAAACCCUUCAAUAGCAUCCUUAAGGGGGAAAGAAAAAAAGGAAAAAGUGAUAGAAGCCGUUGGCGCUUCUUUGUCGUAGAUGUGCAAUCUUUAUUCUGACAUUCCAUCUUCAUCUCACAGCUGUUGUCUCUCACCGUCAGUCAGCAUUAAUCUUUCUUUUUGGGUUUGUUUUGUUUAUGGUCACAUUUGGAGCCACUAGGAGGUCUGCCGUUCUUUUUGAAUGUGAAAAUGCAUUUGCGCUCAUCUUGUCUAUUUUUUCUCUUCCUGUUGUAACAAAAAGAAGAAAAAAAAAGGAAAAAAAAAAAAAGAAAUCCCAUCCCUUUUGUACAUAA